UUCAAGCAGCAUCACCAGCAUUUUUAUAUUGGCGUCUCCCCGUCAUUCUCGUUCAGUUUGUCACUUUAAUCGGCAGUUCAAUUCCAUAGAAGGCGACGUCAUUCCAGUUGUUCCGCAAAUUUGUUUUCUUUAUCUUAAAAAUUUAUAGUUUUUGUGUGAGAAAAUACUAAAAACAAAAUAAGCUGACACAUAAGAAUAGUGAUGAACGUGCAGCUAGAAAUAGGACUUGAAGCCCGAAUUCCUGCAAUCAAACGCAACUAAAAGUGCAUUCGUUUGUGUAGUAGUAAAAUAAUUCUUAUCAGCAACAAAAUUUGAUUUUCAAAAAUUCAAAAAAGAACAGCUGGUAGCAGUUCCUCACUUAUUCUCAACCACACUUAGCCAUUUAGCAACAGUUUGAAUCGAGCAAAACCGAAAGUGAAACGCGCGCCGCGGCAAAGAUCAAUCCGCACGCCAACAAACGUGUAUUUAGCACAUAACUGUACUAAAUAAUUAACUAACUCUUGAACGAAUAAACCCCGAUACGACGAUGUUGAAGCGCUGUGCCACACGUGUCACGAGCCAAUUGAGUCGUUCGCGAAAUUUCAGCAACAAUGCCGAUGGCGAUGCCAAAGCGCGUCUGGGAAUUAUUGGUGUGCCUUUCUCGAAGGGUCAGGGUAAGGAGGGUGUAGAAAGAGCGCCUGCCCUCCUGCGUCAGCACGGACUGGUGCCGCUGCUCGAAGAGGUGUCCUACGGCAAUUUGCAAGUGCACGACUAUGGCGAUUUGCAGUUCGAUGUCGAUCCCAUACCGGCGGAGGCGCCCGAAUAUCGCAGCAUUAAGAAUUAUGGUGAAUUUAUGGGCUGUAAUAAGGCCUUGAUCCGUAAAGUGCAGCAGGUGCUGCAGGAGAACGAUCAGUUUUUGACGAUCGGCGGUGAUCAUGCGAUUGGAUUCGGCUCUGUCGCUGGCCACUUGCAGCAUACACCCAAUUUAUCGCUAGUAUGGGUGGACGCACAUGCGGAUAUCAAUCUACACAAUACCUCGGAAUCUGGUAAUAUCCAUGGGAUGCCUGUGUCAUUUCUACUCAAAGAACUGCGCGUCUUCUGGCAGCAUGCGAAACUCGAACAAACGGCGCCUGUUUGCUUGGCCGCUGAUCAGCUCGUCUAUAUUGGCUUGAGGGACAUUGACCCAUACGAAGCAUAUAUCCUGAAUAAAUUGGGCAUACGAGCGUUUGCAAUGGAUUCUGUGGACAAGUACGGCAUUUCUAAAAUCAUCGAACGUACGCUGGAUUCGCUGAAGCCACAAAAUAAGAUUCAUGUAAGCUUCGAUAUCGAUGCAUUGGAUAAGGUGGUAGCACCGAGUACUGGAACUGCUGUUUGUGCUGGUUUAACAUUGCGUGAAGGCAUUUCGGUUGUGGAGGCGUUGCGUGACACAAAUCGUGUACAAGGCAUUGACUUGGUCGAGUUGAAUCCCAGUUUGGGUAGCGAACAAGAUGUACAGACGACGAUUGCCUCCAGCUUGGAGAUAUUGAAAAGCAUGUGCGGUUACAAGCGCAGCGGUAGCUUUGCCAACAUAAACCUGGAUCUAUUCAAGACGGUGAAAAAUUAAUGUACUAGUAUGAUAUGUACAUAUGUAUUUAGUAGAUUGUACGUUACGUUACACACAUGUAGAUACGAGUAUACUUAGGCAAUAUCAAGAAAUAAACAUGUUUUAUUAAAGUAUAA